UCCUAGACACGUGAUUUACGCAUGUUUUCAUUCUGCUUCGAAUGUUUGAUAUUGAAUAAUGUCGGAAAAGCGUAUUAAAGUGACUGCCGAAGUUCAUUUCGCGCAGCAUUUAGCAUCUAAUCAAAAGAAAAUUCGUGAUAGAGCAUUUAAAAGAUUGCAAAGAUGGUUAGCGGCCAGAUCCUCUUGCGAAAAUGCAUUUGAACAUGAAGACAUGAUGAAACUAUGGAAAGGACUAUUCUAUUGCAUGUGGAUGUCAGACAAACCUUUGAUACAGGAAACACUAGCAGAUUCUAUGAGUAAACUUAUUCAUAGAUUUUCAAGAAUUGAAUAUACAUAUAUGUUUAUAGAAUGUUUCUUUGAAACUAUGUCGAGGGAAUGGUUUGGGUUAGAUAAGUUUCGCCUAGAGAAAUUUAUGAUGGUAAGACAAAACUUUUAACGAUAUUUUAAAUUAAAUUUAUGUUCAUUAGUUAUCUCCUUUGUUUUUGGCUACAAACAAAGACUACAAGUUUUUUCUUCAAAUUAAAAGGACAACUGUACAAAAAAAAGUAAAAAAAAAUAUUCAUAUACAAUCUUAUCAUAGCAAAUGUUCUUUUCAUUUCCAUAGUCACACAAUUCUUCUGGGAAGGAAUCAAGAAACUUGACACAAUCACAUCUUAGGACACUGUACACUGAAUCUAGUAUUGUUGUUAUUAGCUAAUUAAGAUGUUAACUAAUUAAGGUGAAAGCUAGGUUCACAUUGUCAUAAGAACUGCAACCAAGUGGAUAUGAAUUGC